GUUCGUGCGUUCGCGGUUCCGUUUUGUUGCUGGUAUUGUUUAUUUUCGUUUGAUUUUUCGCCUAUCGCCCGCGUUGGUUCGAUUGUUUGUGAUAAGCGCCCGCCACCGCGUGCCAGUUGUUUUGGUUUAUGGUUUGUCAACAGGCCAUAGCCGUGAGGCGGAAAGGGUGACCGAAAUCGAUUCGGGUGUCCGAGCUCCGUCUGUCUGUUGCGUUGACAUUAUUUCGCGACGCACUCGGCGCGGCGGCGGUCCCAGUGGAAUCACUAAUGAGCGGGUCAACAAGUAAUAGGUUCUUCGCAAACGGCCAUUAUUAGGAGGCGGGGGGUGGCGCAAAAUACGGGGAGAUUGAACCGUGCCUUAAUGUUGACCCAAGGUUGACAUAAUAUUUUGCUGUAAGUGCCAAGUUUUUGAAUAUAAUCGAAGGAGCGAUCACGAGUGAGAACGAAACGAAACCGUAUGUUUGUGCGGCUGUGUGUGUGUGGCAUUAAAAGGAGCUUCCAGCACAGCGCCGGAGUUUGUUCGGGGUCAACGAGGUGGGCCAAAGGGAAAGCAACAGCGCCACGGAGACGUAACGGCAGCAGCAGCAGCAGCGGCAGCGGCAACGGCCUAUAUUGUGCCCAGUGUGCGAUACGCGAGACCCCGAGAUGGUGCUCUGAGAAACGGAACAGAUGAAAGCAUUCAGCGUCAGUGCGAGAACGAUUUAAACGUGAUAAAACGACGAUAAACGACACACACUCGGCACCAUCAUGUUCAAGUUGCUGGGGGGCCUGAAGCAGUACUUCAAGUGGCAGGACAUCCAGACGGACAACAUCGUGUUCCGGUUGCACAACACGUUCACCACGGCCCUGCUGCUCGCGUGCAGUCUUAUGAUCACGGCCACCCAGUAUGUGGGCAAUCCGAUCAGCUGCAUCGUCGGCGGCGUGCCGUCCCAUGUCGUCAACACGUUCUGCUGGAUCUCCAGCACGUUCACGAUGCCGGAUGCGUUCCGGCGGCAGGUCGGGCGGGAAGUGGCCCAUCCCGGUAUAGCGAACGACUUUGACGAUGAGGAUGCGAAAAAAUAUUACACCUACUACCAAUGGGUGUGCUUUGUGCUGUUCUUCCAAGCAAUUGCGUGCUACACGCCGAAGUUCAUCUGGGACGCCGUCGAGGGUGGACUGAUGCGCAUGAUCGUGAUGGGGCUGAACAUUGGCGCGUGCAAGGAGCAGGAAAAGUGUGCCAAAAAGCAGGUCCUGCUCGACUAUCUGCUCGGCCACCUGAAGCACCACAAGAUCUACGUCGUACGGUACUGGGUCUGCGAGGCGCUGUGCUUCAUCAACAUCGUCGUCCAGCUGUGGCUAAUGAAUCAGUUCUUCAACGGAGAGUUCCUUUCGUACGGCUGGGAUGUGCUCCAGUACUCGGACCAACCGCAGGAGCAAAGGGCCGACCCGAUGGUGUACGUGUUUCCGCGCGUCACAAAGUGUAACUUCUACAAGUACGGCCCGACCGGAUCGAUCCAGAAACACGACGCCAUGUGCAUACUGCCGCUGAAUAUCGUCAACGAGAAAACGUACAUUUUCAUCUGGUUUUGGUACAUCAUACUGGCCACUCUUCUCGCGGGACUCAUUAUCUACAGGGCGAUCAUCAUUUUCGUGCCCUCGGUGAGGGCCCGGUUACUGAACGCCCGGAACCGGAUGGUGCCGCGCGAUGUUGCGAAAACAAUCUCGGACAACAUGGACCUCGGCGACUGGUGGAUCGUGUACAUGCUGGCCACCAAUCUCGAUCCGCUCAUCUACAGAGACAUUGUCACGGAACUGUCCAAACGGAUAAAGCUAAAUGAGCCGAGCGAAAGUGAGGAGAAGCGCAUGCACUGAACGCUCUGGAAGCACCCCACGUGAACGUGGCCACUAAUAUGCUGCCGCACACACACAAACACACACACACGGAGCGGAAUCGACAAUUGGGCGAAAAACAGGUUUCCCUGCGUGGCACGAAACAAACGCAUUCCUAUGGGGCAGAGGUCGUUUAAAAUUGGAUCCGGACAUUCCGAUGUAGUGUUUCGCGCAAAAGUCGAAUCGCUACUGCUACUGUUGUUUCUGAUAACUUUUAUUUUAUACCUUCAUAUUUAUACUCGAUUUAACGGCGACUAAAUUGUAAGGAACGACUUUUCAUCGCCCAUGGCAAAGCUAUAAGGGAGACAAUAUCGUGUAUUAGAACGACGCCACCCAACCGC